UGUAGUUUUUAAGGUGGAGAACGGUAGGGGCCUUUGUGGGAGCAAAACUACAGUUCCCUCUGAGCUGCUCGGAGGUGUUAGUUGUCAAUAUGGCUGUUGUCAGACAGACAAAGCAGAGAGGCAAAUAAUUCGCCUCUGAUUAGAAAUCCUUGGAAAAGGGUCGCGCAGGGCACUGUCAUUAAAUUGCGCUAUUGUUCGGCUGCAGUAAACGACACAGCUGGGCUUUGCUUUAGUUCUCAACUUAAAUGGUUAAGUGGACGAUCUGAACCGAGCAGCAGGAUGUCUGAGUUCAGCGAGGAGCCGCGCUUCACCAUCGAGCAGAUAGAUCUGCUGCAGCGGCUGCGUCGCACUGGCAUGACCAAGCAGGAGAUCCUGCACGCGCUCGACACUCUGGACCGGCUGGACCGGGAGCACGGCGACAAGUUCGGCCGCCGCACCUCUUCCUCCUCCUCCUCUUUGUCCUCCUACGGAGUAGGCGGGGCAAAUAACUGCACCAACAACUCUGCCUCCAACGCCGCUACCACAGCGUUUGCCAAUAACACCACUGCCUCGGCAACCACCACCUCUUCCGUGUCGUGCAACGGCAACAACAACAGCGGCGAAGGCGGCACCGGCGAUCACUCUACCGCCGCCGCUACUGCUUCUUCCACAACCUCCAAAAUCUCCACAGCCACGCAGACGCAGUUCAGCAGCGGCGGGGGGAUGUCGCCGUCUCCCAGCAACAGCUACGACACCUCCCCGCCUCCAGGUCCGCCGCCUCCCUCUGCGAUCCUUCCAUCGCCGGUGUCGCUGGUGGCGUUGUCUCAGAACGGCCGAGACAGCCUAGCUGCGACGCCCAACGGGAAGCUGUCUCCUCCACGGUAUCCGGUGAACAGCGCCGCGGCGACACGGGCGUUCGGGUUUGAAGCUACAGAAGAAGACCUGGACAUUGAUGAUAAGGUGGAAGAGCUGAUGAGAAGGGACAGCAGCCUGGUGAAAGAAGAGAUCAAAGCUUUCCUGGGGAACAGGAGGAUCUCUCAGGCGGUGGUGGCACAAGUGACUGGCAUCAGCCAGAGCAGGAUCUCCCAUUGGCUGCUGCAGCACGGCUCCGACCUGAGCGAGCAGAAGAAGAGGGCUUUCUACCGCUGGUACACACUGGAGAAAACAACACCAGGAGCCACUCUAAACAUGCGGCCAGCCCCACUGCCUCUGGAGGAGAUGGAGUGGAGGCAAACCCCGCCUCCCCUCACCACUGCUCCAGGAACCUUCCGGUUGCGCCGAGGAAGCCGCUUCACUUGGAGGAAAGAGUGCUUGGCUGUGAUGGAGAGCUACUUCAAUGACAACCAGUAUCCAGAUGAGGCCAAAAGGGAGGAGAUAGCUAACGCCUGCAAUGCUGUAAUUCAGAAACCAGGGAAGAAGUUGUCUGAUCUGGAGCGAGUCACCUCCCUAAAAGUUUACAACUGGUUUGCCAAUCGUCGCAAAGAAAUCAAGAGACGGGCCAACAUUGAAGCCACAAUCCUGGAGAGUCAUGGUAUAGACGUCCAGAGUCCCGGGGGACACUCCAACAGCGAUGACAUUGACGGGAACGACUUCUCAGAGCAGGCCUGUGACCUCCCAUACUUUGACAAGAGACCUCUCAGCCGACCUUUUGGCCUUUACCGACUGGAGCCCACUUCGCCAACACAGGAUGACAGCGCAGCGCACAGCGAGCACCAGGACCCCAUCUCUUUAGCUGUAGAGAUGGCCGCCGUCAACCACACCAUCCUGGCCUUGUCCAGAACCGGAGGGGGCCCCAACGACAUCAAGACCGAGUCCCUAGAGGAUGAAUGAACCACACAGGAACUGGGAUGGAGCAAGGGAAUGAAAAGUGGAGUUGAGAGGGGGAAAGUAAGGAGUGUAAAAGACAGUGAAGGGUGGGUCCUUUAAUAAAAAAAAAAAAAAAAGAGGAAAAAAGACCAGAAUAAUUCUACUUAGUAAACCUUCAGUCUCUUUCCUCAGUCUGCUCCUACCCUCCUAACUCCCCUUCUCUACCUACAUCAUCCAUGUAAACUGUAAUUACUCCCCCACCCCCAUUUUACUCAAUAUAUUGACGCAGCUGGUGGAAACGGGUCCCUCCAUGUCCUUUGAUCUUAUCUGAAAAUGAUCGACUGAAAGAAAAAAGGGGAAACCCAGUCCUUACCUUCCCCCCUCCAAAAACAAAAACAAAAACAAAACGGUGUCUCUUUUCCAGGAGUGUGCUCCAGGAACUCCUCUCUUCCUCCUCAGCGCACUCUGUUCACAGAAUACCUCUUCUUUCUCCUCUUCCUCGCUGCUCCUGACCUUGUCUGAGCUGAUCCUCAGUCUAUCUCACCUCAACGUCAACCUCAGAAAAAUAACGUGUACUGUAUAUAUAAUAUAUAUACAUAUAUGGUUCUCAAUCACAUUCACCUCAUGGUGUGCUACCUGCCUACUCACCUUCCCCUGAAAUUCACCUCUUCAUAGUGCAAUUUGUCAGAAGAGCAGCCCUCUAGUCAUUGUCUCGAGGAAAGACUGAUGAAGAGAGCUUCCUCCUCUCCCUCCCGGGCAGUCAGCAGGAAUAUUAUUGGCAGACAGAACUGUCCAGUCAGUCUUUUCCCUUCUAUAGUUGUCAUUCCUCAGUGGAUUUUUUUUUGUUUAUUUUUAUUUGCCUGCAGUAGAACUGCUAAACCAAACACCUUCCAAAAAAUGUCUGCUGAAAGAAGUAGCCUUACCAUCACAGAGACAGCUGUUCCUUUCUUUUUUUUCCUGACAAUUAUUCAGCGCACAAAUAAACAUUUCUGCACACACACACACACACACAAAGAGUUUUUAUCCAACAGCAGCUGCUGCAGUCGUCGCUCUUUUUUUCUUCUGUUUGUUGCCCAAAUUGUGACUGGAUGUACAAAUGAUCAUUUUGCCUUUGUAUUAAGCUCCCCAGUGACACUAUUAUUAAGUCCUCAAGUCUAUGUGGAUCAGUUUAGGGUCAAUGUGAUGAUGAAGCAAACUUUCUAAGCUAAUUAUGCUUUGUUUUAAAUGUCAUCCAUGCCAAAGGAAAGAUGCCGAAACACUAAGCUGAGACUGAUCUGAACGUGGUGUUCAAGUGAAUCCAAAGUGAUUUCUAUUAACACCUUUGUUUUGUUUUCUUUUUGUUUUUUUUAAAAAAUAUGUUUAGUGAAGCUACUCAAGCCGAUGUCGGCUUAUGAUAUUACAGCAGACCCGUGUCAGUAAAGGUAGGUAUUAGCAGGACACAUAUAAUGAUGAAUACCCCUGAACUAUUUGCUACUUCUGUGACGCUGCCUUUUUAUAAUAGUGAUUUUUUUUUUAAAGGAAAUAUUAAAUUAGAGUAAAUCCACACUGGAAAUUGUAAGAAUAUCACAAAACUUUUUUUUUUUGAGGAGGGGGGGUUCAUGUAUAUAAAAAAAAACCUCAGAGGUUACCGUUGAAAGGCAUCUAAAUCAACAACACUGAAAGUGUUUUUGAUUGGAACUUCUCCAAAACCAUCUCAAUAAAAAUCCUCAAGUGCACAUAUCAGAUGUUAACAGUAUUCUGUCAGAUAUUGUCAAACUUGAUCUUUUGUGGGUGAUCAGGUUAAAAUAUCAGGCAACAUUUUUAAAAAAUGUUUUGUUUUUGACAAGAGUUGGAUGAGAAGUGUGAUGCUGCCAUGUUCACAUGCUAAGUGUCAGAGCUAAGAUCCCAUAAAAGCCAACAGCAUCUUUAAAGACCAUUAACACAAAAUGUAUUCAGAGUGAUCAGGAUUAUAUUUUAUAUUAAAGGCUAAAAUAUUUCUUUGUUAUUCGUAUUAUUCAUAUUAUUUGAACAUUAAUUUAAGAAAGUGCUUUACCACUGCUGUCUUUAAAGCAUUUCUGGCUCCAAAAAGAUUGACACUUUUACCAAAUUUGAGUUUUCACAACUGAAUUUCAUUCAUCAAUGGCCAGUGGCAGCUGCAAUAUUUUAAUAUUUGAAGUUACCACACUACAAACUAACUUUGACUUUAUGUUUAGCUGUGCUAAUAAGCUAGCUUCAGUUUCAUAUUUAGCUAAUAGGGUGUGGGUUAAGACCCCUCUACAUGGUUUUUCUUUUCAUCAAACUCUUGUCAAAUGAAGUGAUUAAGUUAAACUUUUUCCACAGUGUUGAUGGUUUUGGAGAACUGGGGAAAUAUUCUACGGAGGAUUGAACAAAGGUGAUAAUUCAUGCUAAAGAUCAUUCCCGUUUGAAAUGGUUUGGAUGUUGGUGAUGCACCAAAGUACCUGUUGCAGCACUGAAAGUGUUUUAACAUCAAUCUUUGCAGCUGUGUGGUUCUCCCUACGUCUCCUGCUCAUGUGAUGACUCCCAGUACUGAGCUUUGGUUUAGUAAAGCUCUAUUUAACUGUGCUGCUUCAGUAUGUAAGAAGCUGCAAUACAGUGGCUCAGAACUGGUUUAAAAAAGGAAAGGGUUUAAAGAUAAAAAAAAAAAAAAAGUAUUUAUGCUCAUUUUUAUGCUAAUGUAUUAAAAUGAAUUACAUGUUUUCAAAUGAAACAUGACUUUAUCGUUAAAUUAAUUCUUUAAAAUUUGUCUUUAUUUUAAUCUCUUUUUUUGUCAUCCUUCAUUUGACUGAGCAACAGUCUCCCCUCUAUUUUAUCUGAGGUCGCGAGUCGUGUAACGUAAAGGCGAAUGAUGAUGCACCUUAUGAAAAGUGAAUAUCGUUGACUAAGCUUGAAAUGUAAACGCCGGUCCCCAGAGACUUUCAUUGAAACAUCCAGAGAAAAAAUAGGGACAAGUAAACAUUUCAUUGCAACUUUUAAAAACACCAUAUGGUCUGUUUGUGAAGCGUCACACCAAACUCCCCAAUGAAAUCAUGCCCUUUUUGUGUUGUAGAACUCACUAAAAUUGCCUACAAAUGUACAAAUAGUGGACACUGAUGGUUCCACUGUUAUACUGAAGCUAUUAGAAACACAACUGAUGUUUGGAUUAUGGUACACAUUGCUAAAUACUCAUCUACUUAUAUUAGAACCAACUGUUGCUAUUAAAUUACAUAACUAGUACCACGUAGUAGCUUCUGAUUGGAUUUAAACUGUUCUUCCAUGUACAGACUUUAUAUUUGAGAAAACAUUUAAAGUCUGAGGAGUUUGCUGUGACAAUGUCAUACCGUUUAUAUGGCUGGAAAGGUGGGAAAUAAGACUGCAGAGUGCAUUUCAUAAACUGCCUUUCACCUUUUUGAGAUGCCAUGACCCAGUAAGCAAGUACUAGUUUAUUUUAACCGAGAAGUUUUUUUUUUUUUUUUUUAAUUAAUUUCUUUUUCUGGUUCAAGCUUGACAGAAAUGUUUGUGGGGUGGAAGAACAAACCGUUCUUUCUCCUGGAGAGGCCUGAACCAGGCUCUCCUUAUCCGAUGUGUGCGCCAGUGCUUACUCGAGGGGGGCGUCCACUCAUGGUGCGUCAGGGUCAAAGUGUCUACAUGUCUGUCAGUGUCCACCCCGCCCCCUCAGUGAAAUGCCAUCCACUUUCAUCCCAGUAGAGCUCAGAAUAAAGAGGACUGAAUACUGUUGUAUCAAUCUCAGACCUAGUUAUGUUCAAAAUUACUGUAUUGCCCAUUUCAGAAUUUAGUGCCUUUUUUGGACAGUAGACUGUUCUGUAAUUAAGAUGUAGUAUAUAUACAUUUUUUUGUACAGUUUCUUUGUUCAUUUUUUUAACUUGUGUUUAUUUUAGUAUGAUAUAUAUAAUGUACAAGAGAAUAAAGCUAUAUCAAUGA